UGCUCUAUCCUCGCCAUGGCGCCGUGUCCCUGCUCCCUCAGUUACAGAAAGUGGCCGCCUCUCUGCUGCUGUCGACCCAAAGCUCACAGACUCACUCGUUGCCUAGACCCGCCAUCUUGGAGUCAGAGAACUGAGAGUCGGCAGCAGCUACGAGAGAGCGCAAAAGGGGGACACGGGGCCAAGGCCUUUCACAUCUUCUGAACUGACAGUUGUGAUUGGAGAUAAUGAGGAUAUCCAUAGCCCACAUUAGAAAGUGAGUAUCCCUACCUAGUAGGGCCUACAGGUCUCAGUCCUCCAUGGCGUCUGGGGCUGGGCAGGCAGAGGCCGACGAUGGGGCAGCAUGGUCGUCAUCAGGCCUGGCCAAGCCUCUUCACCUUCAGCACCUGGAGAGAUCCCUACGCCUUGACAGCUUCCUCCGCCAGACCGCCUCAGUCUUCAACAGAGACCUAUCCAGUGACGACAGCGACGAUGACGGAUUAGGGGAGGGGCCUUCUCUGAGGCCGGUCAAUCAGCACGCAGCCUUGGCGAUAAAAGAGGAGUCAUGUGACCUGGAUGAGGAGGGGCUUGUUACCGAGGGCACCAUCCUCAACGGAACUCCAUCACAAGAACACAAGGAAGACAAAGCCAGUCUAUACAACUUCUCCAAACUGAAGAAGAGCAGGAAAUGGCUCAAGAGUAUCCUGUUGAGCGACGACACCAGUGAGUCAGACACAGAGGACUCUGACUUCAGUCUGUCCAGAGAAGAGCUACAGGACAUGCUCAGACUGCACCAGUUCACCAGGGAGCACCAGAACAAGUUCCACAACGACAGAGAGCUGCAGCAGUAUCAGUACUAUAGUACGGGACUGCUCUCCUCCCAUGACCCUUUCCACGAACAACAGCGCCACCUGCUGGGCCCCAAGAAGAAGAAGAUCAAGGAGGAGAAGAAAUUCAAGGGCAAGUUGAAGAAGGGCAAGAGGAAAAAGAAGAGAGGGGAGGGGGAGUUCUCGGGCGAGGGGCGGCCGCAUGUCACCAAGAUCUUCGCCAAGUUUUCCCAUGACGCCCCUCUUCCCAUGUUGAAGAAGAAACACCUGACCGUAGAGCAGCUGAACGCACGACGACGCAAAGUCUGGCUCACCAUCGCCAAGAAGGAGUGCCCCAAGGCAUUCAAGCAAAAAGCAUCAGCCAAGAACUUCGUCCUUACCAAUGCCAAAAAGCUGGCCCACCAGUGUCUGCGUGAGGUACGUAGGGCAGCCAUCCAAGCCCAGAAGAACUGCAAAGAAACCCUUCCCCGAGCCAGGAGACUGACCAAGGAGAUGACGCUCUACUGGAAGAAAUAUGAGAAGGUGGAGAAGGAACACAGGAAGAGAGCAGAGAAAGAGGCUCUGGAGCAACGCAAACUGGACGAGGAGCUGAGAGAGGCGAAGCGUCAGCAGCGUAAGCUGAACUUCCUGAUCACCCAGACAGAGCUGUACGCCCACUUCAUGGGGGGCAAGGGUCCCGGGGAGGAGGACGGGGGAGAGGAGGACAUUCUCAACAAGCUGGACGACACCAACUCUCACAGGCAGAUGACCAUCGGGGAAGGGCUGACGGUCAACGUUGGACAGGAGGACUAUGAUAGUGAAUACUACAAGUCUCAGGCCUUAAGGAAAGCUAAAGAAGCCUACGAGAUACACCAGGCCAGAACACGUCUCUUUGACGAGGAGGCUAAGGACAGUCGCUGUGCCUCCCUGCACCAGGCCAGUGGGGGGUCGGGGUCAGGGUUCGGGGAGAGCUACAGCCUGUCUAACCCUUCUAUCCAGGCCGGAGAGGACAUCCCCCAGCCAACCAUCUUCAACGGGAAAUUGAAGGGAUACCAGCUGAAAGGCAUGAACUGGCUGGCUAACCUCUACGAACAGGGUAUCAAUGGUAUCCUAGCGGAUGAGAUGGGCCUGGGGAAGACUGUUCAGAGCAUCGCUCUGCUGGGUCACCUGGCUGAGCGUGACAACAUCUGGGGUCCGUUCCUCAUCAUCUCUCCUGCCUCCACACUGAAUAACUGGCACCAGGAGUUUACACGCUUUGUCCCCAAAUUCAAGGUCCUGCCGUACUGGGGGAACCCUCACGACCGCAAAGUGAUCAGGAAGUUCUGGAGCCAGAAAACCCUGUACACCCAGAAUGCUCCGUUCCACGUGGUGAUCACCAGUUACCAGCUGGUGGUUCAGGAUGUCAAGUACUUCCAGAGGGUCAAGUGGCAGUACAUGGUUCUAGAUGAAGCCCAGGCCCUAAAGAGCAGCACCAGUGUUCGUUGGAAGAUCUUGCUGCAGUUUCAGUGUAGAAACAGACUGUUGCUCACUGGAACGCCCAUACAGAACACUAUGGCAGAGUUGUGGGCCCUGCUCCAUUUCAUCAUGCCUACGUUGUUUGACUCUCACGAGGAGUUUAAUGAAUGGUUCUCUAAAGACAUCGAGAGCCAUGCAGAGAACAAGUCUGCCAUCGACGAGAAUCAGCUGUCCAGGCUCCAUAUGAUCCUGAAACCCUUCAUGUUGAGGAGGAUCAAGAAGGACGUGGAGAACGAGCUCUCUGACAAGAUUGAGAUCCUAACAUACUGCCAGUUGACGUGUAGACAGAGGCUGCUCUACAGAGCUCUGAGGAACAAGAUCUCCAUCGAGGAUCUUCUCCAGUCGUCUAUGGGCUCAUCUCAACAGGCUCACAGUACUACCUCAUCCCUUAUGAACCUAGUCAUGCAGUUCAGAAAGGUCUGUAACCACCCGGACCUGUUUGAGCGCCAGGAGACUCGUUCUCCCUUCCACAUGUCACUGAGACCCUACGUCAUGUCCAAGUUCCUCUACCGCCACGGACUCACACACACCACCACGCACACACACAGCAGGAACAAGGUGCUCCAGGUUCUACUGUCUCCCUUCUCUCCUGAUCAUAUCCACCAGUCCCUCUUCCACAGGAAAGGUGAUCAGGAAGGAAGUUGUUUCUCCUUCCUGCGUUUCAUCGACGUUUCGCCGGCAGAGAUGUUUAACGUCAUGCUGCAGGGCACUCUGGUCAGGUGGUUAGCUCUGUUUCUCUCCCUGAAGGCAGCGUACCGGCUCUACCAGAGACGCAUGUGGGGCCUGGAAGAGGAGGAGGGUGGAGGGAGCGGGAGGCCCAGGAAUCAGUGUCUCUCUCGGAGGGGUCUGAUCCUCUGGCUGGACCGACCUACUGCUUUCCCCAACACGCACACAAGCUCAGUGUUACAGAACCUGGUAUUCACCCGUCACAGCCCAGGUCUGAUGGGUCACUGUGAUGUUCUGGUCCACAGUCGAUGCUCUGCCAACUCCACCACCCUACGACCGGGCCAACCCACACAACCACCCAAGUUCCUGCUCACCGCUGUGCCAAGGGUUACGGCGGUUCCCAUGGAGCGGUACUGUGACGACCGCAGCGCUGAGUACGAGUGGCAGGAGACGAGGGCCGGAGGGGGCAUGGCCGCCAAGCACUGCUUCCUGUACGGCUCCCUUGAUCUGGCCUCUGAUUGGAUGUCCCGAGCCAACACUUUUUACCCACGAUGCCCUGGGGGAGUGAUGGCGCUCUACCCCCGGCAUGGCUGGUCCUACAUCAGAAUACCAGACAAGGAGACCCUGAUCACGGACAGUGGGAAGCUGCACACUCUGGAUCUGCUGCUGUGUCGCCUGAAGACUCAGGGACACCGCGUCCUCAUCUACUCCCAGAUGACUCGCAUGAUCGACCUGCUGGAGGAGUACAUGGUGUAUCGUAAACACACCUACAUGCGUCUGGACGGCUCCUCCAAGAUCUCAGAACGCAGAGACAUGGUGGCUGACUUCCAGAGCAGGACUGACAUCUUUGUGUUCCUCCUGAGUACGAGGGCUGGAGGUCUGGGCAUCAACCUGACUGCUGCUGACACUGUGAUCUUCUAUGACAGUGACUGGAACCCUACAGUGGACCAGCAGGCUAUGGACAGAGCUCAUCGCCUGGGUCAGACCAAGCAGGUCACUGUGUACCGUCUGAUCUGUCAGCUCACUAUAGAGGAGAGGAUACUGCAGAGGGCCAAGGAGAAGAGUGAGAUCCAGAGGAUGGUGAUCUCUGGGGGGAACUUUAAACCAGACACCCUGAAACCUAAAGAGGUGGUCAGUCUACUGCUGGACGACGAGGAGCUGGAGAAGAGACUGCGCGUUCGUCAGGAAGAGAAGACACAACAGGAGGAGUGCAGCAAGGUGAAGGACCGCAGGAGAAAGAGAGAGAAAUACGCUGACAAGAGAAAGAAGGAUGACGAGGACCCUAAGGAUCCUAAGAGGAGGAAAGACGUGAACCUGGUCAUCCCUUACAACCUGUCUGCAGACAACUCUAACCUCUCAGCCGACGGAGAUGAUUCAUUCAUCAGUGUAGACAUGGACGACUCUGCCAUGCCUAGUCCCUUCAGUGAGCCCCUCACCUGGCCCCUUCUUCCUCCUCCUGUUCUUCCUCCUCUUCCUCACCCUAACCCCCAGGUGUGUGCAUCUCUCCUGUCUCUCCCUGGUCAGAUCUCUCUGAGUAGUGAGCUCCAGCCCAGCUCCCUACCUCCAGACCAGGACCCAGACCAGGACCCAGAUCCAGACCAGGAUGAGAGCAGUAGUGACAUGCUGGUCAUCGUAGACGACCCUGUGUCUUCAGCACCACAGUCCAGGGCCACCAACUCGCCUGUCAGCGUGUCCGGAUCUAUGUCGGACAACAUGAACGGUGUGUCUAAUCAGGACACGUCCAGUCCGGGGCGGGGAAGGUCUGGUAGGAGCCGGGGACGACCCAAAGGCUCUGGGUCCAGUUCUGGAGGCGGAGCCAAGUCUGCAGGGAAGGGGCGUGUCAGGAAGUCGACAGCGGGCAGCGCAGCCGCCAUGGCAGGAGCGAUGGCCGGAGCUGCAGCAGCCUCAGCAGCCUACGGAUACAGUGUGACUAAAGCGGGUCUCCCUGCAGCCUCCCCGCUUCAGCCGUCUCUGGGUCGGUCAGGGACGGCCCCAGCCUUCUCCCCCAGCAGAAGUUCCUCUCCCAAGGGGAAAGGUGGCACUGUGGCCCCCAGCCAGAUUAACCCCCAGCAGAAACAACCAGGACAUAGCCACCACCACAGUCAUGUGACAGGAAGGAAGGGCAAGGGACCUGGCGCACCUGGCGCUCGAUAGCAUGUAGAGAUGAUGGACAUCAACACAGUAUACACACACACACACACACACACACACAGUCCUAAGGAUCUGAUAGGGACCAGGAUGGUCCAGACCUUCUGCUAUUGUGGGGAGUCUUCUGUGUUUUAAACAAGCACAUCUGCUGCACUGACCAGCUUCAACUGUGAGCCCAUGUGACCUGCUCCACAACCAAUCAACCCAGAGGUGAGAUGUUCCUUAACCAAUCACAUACCUCACUGCCUGGAGGACCAUGCUAUCCCGGGAAGGCGUAGCGACGGAACAAAUGAGCAGUGUCGGGCAUGAUGGACACUAAACUAUUCUGUGUGUACACACACACACACACACACACACACACACAAACCAUCAUCGCAAGGUCCAAAAGACACCCUCAUCGCUUCCACCAAUCACCUUGUCCUUCCCUUCCACCAAUCACCUCCUUCUUCCCUUCCACCAAUCACCUCUUCCUUCCCUUCCACCAAUCACCUCCUUCUUCCCUUCCACCAAUCACCUCGUCCUUCCCUUCCACCAAUCACCUCGUCCUUCCCUUCCAACAAUCACCUCUUCCUUCCCUUCCACCAAUCACCUCUUCCUUCCCUUCCACCAAUCACCUCCUUCUUCCCUUCCACCAAUCACCUCUUCCUUCCCUUCCAACAAUCACCUCUUCCUUCCCUUCCACCAAUCACCUCUUCCUUCCCUUCCCUUCCACCAAUCACCUCUUCCUUCCCUUCCACCAAUCACCUCUUCCUUCCCUUCCAACAAUCACCUCUUCCUUCCCUUCCAACAAUCACCUCUUCCUUCCCUUCCACCAAUCACCUCCUUCUUCCCUUCCACCAAUCACCUCUUCCUUCCCUUCCAACAAUCACCUCUUCCUUCCCUUCCACCAAUCACCUCUUCCUUCCCUUCCACCAAUCACCUCGUCUUCCCUUCCACCAAUCACCUCGUCCUUCCCUUCCACCAAUCACCUCUUCCUUCCCUUCCACCAAUCACCUCUUCCUUCCAUUAGUACCCUCCUCAGUGGACAGCCUCCAGUGUGUGUGUGUGUGUGUGUGUGUGUGUGUGUGUGUGUGUGUGUGUGUGUGUGUGUUGUGACCAAGAGUAUUAGAGUAUUUCAAAGUGGUUUCUCUGUGACGAAAAUAGACUUGGUUUUCUGUCUAAAUACGGAGAAGCGACUAGCCUGAGCAGCAGCCUGUCGGGGCUGUGUUGACAACUCCUUCGACACUCAUUGGGUUUGCAAUAAAACACCAGCAGACAGACAGGCGCUCGGGCUUUAAGGCAACACCUUACAGCAACAAUGCAUCCACGCGUUUAAGGGUUUCUGACACAGACUGCUCUCUCCGCUGAGCCAUCUCAUCCGUUAGAUGAAACACGUGUUAAGGGUUAGGUCGGGAAUGCUUGCGUCAAACGUUAGGUUUUAUGUCAUAUGUUUAAAACGCGUAGUAAUGCUGGAACUACUCUUCUCUGCAUUUCAACAACAGAAUGUAAAUUCGUACCAAACAACUAAAAACGGACUGCUUUUUUAAAUUAUAGCUCUUAUUUUUAUAUUUAUAGACCAACCCAAUGUUGUCAUAGCGACCCAUAUCAAAAUGGCAAAUUUGAAUACCGUUUUGAAAAAAAGCCUCCCUCUCUCUCUCUCUCUCUCUCUCUCUCUCUCUCCUUUCUCCAUAGAGUUUAUCCCAACACAAAGAGAAAUGAAGGAAUUAUAAUAUAUAUUUUUUCUGAUGAGAACUGAUUGAAGGGGUAUUUUGAAUUCCAAAGUGGUGAGCACUGCUUAAUAAAGAUGUUGCUGAUCUGUUGCUGAUCUGUUGCUGAUCUGUUUGUGUACAACUCUCGUGUGCUUCUGAAAUGACACCCUGUUCACUGUUCACCCUACGUCUUGAUUCAACUCUGGCCAAAAGUAGUACACUAUUUCAGGAAUAGGAUGCCAUUUCAGUUGCAACCUAAUAGGUGUCCUUAAAAACUUAACAUGGAUUCUAAUAUGUACCAUAGAACUGAGGUUAAUUUAAAAGUUGGUAAUAAUUUAUCAGAAUUCAUGUCAACAUUGUAAAAAAAAAAAAAAAUUGUAUUGAUGCCAUUUUUAUUUUUAAAAACAGAAAGAGAAAAAAAAAAAAAGUUAUACUUCUGAUCAGAGUCUUUUGUCUUUGUGAUGUCAUUCAGUGAUGUUUUGGGGGUAUGUUGACUCAUGUUAAUUAAAAGUUGUUGAACUAGGGUUGCCAAAUCCUGGUAACUUUUCCACAUUUCCCCGAUUUUUUUUACAUUUUUUUAUUUUAUUUUUUUUAAUUUAUUUUUUUCCCCCCAGAAGUACCGGUUGGAGGGUUCUCUGAAUUUCUGCUUUGUCAUUCCCUCGUAAGGAUUUCUAGAAAACCGGGGAAUUUUGGGAAAGUUAGCGUAAUUGUGCAACCCUAUGUGGAACCAAGCACUAUGUCUAGUUUUGAACGUUUGUUCUGUGUUGGAUACUAUAUAGUGUGAUGAUGAAAUCUCCUAUAACAUGUAAAUAAAAAUUGAGGGCGACAUGUGUUGACCCCUGGUUGGUUCUUCCCCCAGUUUGCCUGUCUAUUUUUAUAGGUCAUGUGUAAAUAUGAAUACAAAAGCUGUCAUUUUACUAAGCGGAGAAGCCAAUUCAAAAAUAAAAGAUUGAUUAAUCAA